CCCACGUCCAAGCCCCCUCAAUUUCUACUUUCCAUCAUUUUUGCCAUUUUUUAUUAACAUCCCCCCAUUCCCAAGGUUGAGAUGGCCGGCCCCCCAUUCAAGCCCUCUAAGCCUUUUUUUUUUUAAUUUUCUCCCCUAGGCUUCGAGAACUGGCCGAGACCACCGCCCUCCCCCUUUUUGCUGCUGGCUCCCUAAUUCUCUCUCUGGGGAUUUUAGGUUUUUUUUCUUUUCAUUUUGGGGGGUUCCCCCAUCCUGCUCUUCAUCUUCUUUUUGCCAUCACUCCACUCAGAGCCUUCACCUUUUCUCUUCUUCUUCCAUUUUUCUUGUUUUGAUUUAUUUCGUUUUCUUUUCCCACACUCGUACCCAUGGGCAUCGCCACUAUCAUUUUCCUUUCAUGGAUCAUCACCCAUGGAUGCUUAUCUCACCCCAUAUCCUCCCAUAAUCAUCACUAUUCAAGGGUUCAAGUUUGGGAAAGUUUGUUGAUUUCCAUAGUAGUUUUUAUUUUGUUUAUUUAUUUUAUUAGUAUUAUAAUUAUUAUUAUUUGUUUGGCUUGUUUAUUAAUUGGGAUUCGAUCUUGAUCUUGAGCUUUGGAUGAUGACACGGGAAUGAGUUGGAUUUGUGUUUUUUUUUAUUACCUUUGGACUUGGCCUAUUUGCACUGUGCGAUCUUUAUUUGGGACUUUGAAGGUUGUUAUGUUGUUGGGCUUGGAUUUUGAUUAAAUUUUAUGAUUUAGGCUGCCGAUCUUUGUGUUUUGAGUUUGUAUAUUUAUUGGAUAUCAAAUUGGGCUUAAUUUUGGUUGUGAAUUUGGGUUUAUUUAUUAAAUUAGGUUUGAAUUAUAAGAUAUUAAAUUUAGACCUCAUUGGAUUUAUUUUGGUUACCCACUUGUGCUAUUUUUUUGUUUUUGCAUGGGCUCGUUCUGUGAACCUGUUGGCUGAGCAUGAACUUAUGACACGUGGAGCAUGGAAUUUCAUGGAACAAAGUGAGACUCGAAAAGCUGUAAAUGGAGCAUUGAACUUGUUGUAGAAAAGCAAAAAGACAAAAGAGACUAGUGAUCGGAACAGCGCCAAAUCCACCGCCGUUACUUGGAUUCUACGUGCAUGGCCGCAACGUGUCGCGCCGGACUUUCUUUGAACACAUCUGCCACCGGCGUGAGUCGACUCGUGUACUUAACCAACUAAAAUGACUAAAACACCCCUACUCAUCCGCUGAACACGAGGGACACAACAGUCAUUCAAAUCCCAUAUAAGAGACCCAAGCACCAGGAUUUGUAGCAGAGGGAGGAUGGAAACCGCAGCGCAGACACCGGAGAUGAGGGCAAUGGCGACUGAGGGUAAGGGGGUGGCGAUUGAGGUGCAGGCGGAAGAGCGGCGGCAGCUGGCAAGGAAAGCGGAGGCGGAGGCGGAGGCCGUGAAGGAGAUGAAUGUGAUGGUGGCGGUGGACCAGAGCGAGAGCAGCUUCUAUGCGCUGCAGUGGGCGUUGGAGAAUCUGUUCCGGAGGAAGGGAGCGGCGGUGGAGACGGAGGAGGUGGGGAUGGUGACGGUGGUCCAUGUGCAGCAGCCAUUCCAUAACUACGUCUUACCUGCGGGACCUGGUAUUUAUGCAACAUCGACAGUAAUUGAAUCUGUGAGGAAAGCCCAAGAGCAAAAUUCUUCUGUAAUACUUUCUCGGGCAUUGCGACUAUGCAAAGAUAAGAUGGUUAAAGCUGAAACCCUAAUAUUGGAUGGGGAUCCGAAGGAAAUGAUUUGCCAGGCUGCUGAGCAAAUGCAUGUUGAUCUUCUUCUUGUAGGCAGCCGAGGCCUUAGCAAGCUCAAAAGGGCAUUUUUAGGGAGUGUGAGUGACUAUUGUGCCCACCAUGCAAAAUGUCCAAUCCUCAUAGUGAAGCCACCAGAGGAGAAGCUGUCCAGGGAGUCCAGCACCUAACCCCCCCUCUCUCUCUCUAAAUAUCUCUCUAUAAUACAUGUGUGUAAUAAGCAGUGUUUGACACUUGGCUCUACUAGUGUUUGAAACAUAUGGGAAUUCCUUUUUCCGCAAUAAAGGUUUGUUUGCUUCUUUAAAAAAAA